GCUUUUAAACACUCCAUCUCAUUUGUGUGUACCGGGUAGGUAGCUCCCGCAGCCGUUCUAUAGUACGACCAGUCCUGGCCCACCAAAAAGUCCCUGGGAUUUUCAGUCAUGUUCCCGUCUGCUGUCUUGCAUAAAAAGCAUGUGAAGACAUAGUACACACUUCCGCCCGAGCCUACCAUCUGCCAGAUCUCAGUACAACACGGGCAGAGCGCCUACUACUGCAUCCUCUGACGACCUGCAGAUUGGACGUUCACGGCUCCACCUCGCACAGCAGGCCUAACCAUCCCCCGAUGACAUUGUCCCAACAGGAAUCGCAGCCCAUGGAUUGAAAGCACACAUAUCUGAAACUGGCUGCCUCACGAUUCUCACUCGGCGUCACUCACUGACUGCUGAUACGGCCUACAACGUUGUAUACCUCCCCGCGAGCCUGAAGGCCUUUUGUCCACAGCCCAACUCCUCAUCCUGCGUCUAGAGCUCGCCUGUUCCUUCAAUUGCUCUGCGGUUCCGUACACUUCGCUGCCUAGCAUGGAGAUGCCUCAGAUUGCUCGUCCUAUCCCCCGCCGGCCAUUCGAGUUGAACCCUGCUUCAACCGAUUCAUCGCUGCCUCCAUCUCCGGCCACAGAGAGCUCCGACCCCGAUCUUUUGCCAGGUCAAAAGUCGGAUUCUACGCCUAGCAGAACCCGAUCGAUUCUCAACCUUACGUCCUCUACCUUACUCGGCAUAUAUUCGCCUACAGGCUACGAUGAGCGAGAAGACUCAUCCACCCCAUGGGGGACGGGGGCUCAGACGCCCGUGCAAAGACGAAGCAUAGAUGACUAUAACUCUCGGCAUCCUUCCUCACUGACUUGGAAUCGGGAUGCGGACAAACCACGGUUGAAGGGAAAGAGGAAGGACGGCCAUCGCCAUUUUGUGCCCUUCCUUCUGCAGACAUUCCUUCUGUUCGCGUUUGGGAUUGGUUAUGGGUCAAUCGUGACGCACCUCCACAGGCAGCAGCUCAUAACACCAGUGCCUGUGCCUAAUACCGAACGCCAUUCUCUAUAUUAUCAGUUGUCUUGGGGUGUGUUUGGUGUUUUGCUAGGUAAUGCUUUGCCGCUGGUGGACUCGUUCUGGGAGAAGACCGUAUCGCCUGCCAUUGCAUCUCGCGACCAAGUCGGUCAAGAUGAUAAAUCACAGGAUGAAAAAUCUUCUGCUACGGCUGGGGAGGCAUCGGGCCCUUCAUACGACAGCGGAUUAGGUCCUAUUUGGUACUCGGCCGUGCGAAGUAUAGGGGUGUUCGUUGGUAUCGCUUUUGCGGUGCGACGACUUCCCUGGCAAUCAACCCUUCAGGUCGCCGGGACUCUGGCCCUGGCUAAUCCUGCGCUAUGGUACAUGAUUGACCGUUCGCUUCCCGGCUUCGCUCUCUCAGCGGCUGUCGGCACCAUAGGAACGGUAGUGCUCCUGCUGCUCGACCCGAACUUUGUGCCACUUCCAGCAAUCCAUCAGCCAACAGCGUCUGAACAAUUUGGCGUUUACACUUGGUUGGCAAGCAUUCUUUUUUGUACCAGCCUUUGCUUUGGAGCCGUCGGGAGACGGCUUCAGCUGUGAGCAUAAAAUUGAAGGGAUUUCCCCGACCAGUUUUGCGGAAACGAUUCAGUUUUUCUAGAGCCCUUAAGACCCCAAGUCGGUCUUGAUUGUCGAGAUAUUACUUCAAUGUGUUGAAAUUCUCGGGAGCAGCAGGACUCUGAUUGGCUUUAGGGGGACCUGCUGCACGACAGCACUCUCAAGGUCUUUCUGCAUCAUGUCUUGGGUUCGAGUUCCCGUGCCUAGGGUCCUAUACCCGAGGCCUCUCGUGCAGCAGGCUCGAAGUCAAUGAAGAUGCCUGCUUUGACUGGUCGAGCCAACGGUGCAAUGUGCCCUUCCGUGCCAGGUGUGAUGUACCAAACUAUUGCAGUCCAUAGCUCGUGUACCUCCGAGUUGGGCUUUCGUAGUACUAUCGGCGCAAGAACUCCGGCCGUCGCCUGGCAUCGGCACCUUCAAUCUUGGAUCGCCGCGGGCCACGGUACUAUUAUAAUUAGCACAGAAGGGAAUCAGACACUACCACGAGCAAUUCAUUGCCUACCUAUCCGCUUUCCUCUCCUGCGAACUCCAUGGCAAAGAUGUAGACCCGCACAGAGUAAUGAAU